AGCGAGCGAGAACUCAGCCGCUCUCCGGCGCUCAGAAUGCGGCUGCGCCUGUGAACUCAUCCCGCUCCCGUUCCCUGUGACGCCAACACUGAACGGGAAACAUGCGGAACACUAAAAGAGGAACCUACCUGCACAGCAAAAGAGAGUUAUGGGGUUUGUUCAUCCUCCUCUUGUACACUAGUCCCCUCUCCUGCUCGUCAAAUUUCAGUCACCUCAUCUAUAAGAUAAAAGAAGGAUUACCUAAAGGGACACUCAUAGGGGCUAUCGGUGCAGACUUAAAAUUGGAUCUUUCUGUCAAUCCUCCUCGUUCAUUCAAUCUGGAGCUAAAGACGGCCAGCCAGCAGUACGUGAAUCUGAAUAACACGACGGGGGAGCUGUUCACAUCUGCCGUGGAGAUUGACAGAGAGGCUCUGUGCGCGGAGUCCCACGAGGGCCAGGGCUGCGCUAUCUUUCUGGAUGUGCUAAUCCUUCCUCAACAGUACUUUCAACUGGUUAAGGUUAAAAUUCUUAUUGAGGAUGUGAAUGACAACCGCCCGCAUUUCCCCGUUGACGAAAUCAGGGUGUCUGUGCCGGAGAACGCACCUGUUAAUGCAAGGUUUGCAGUGGAGCAAUCCGCAGUGGAUCCUGACAUCGGGAUUCAUAGUGUUCAAACAUACUGGCUUGUUAAUGACUAUGGAGUUUUCACAUUAGACGUAGAGGAGAACGAAGGCGGUGAACUGACGCCCUUUCUCAUCAUUACCGAGUCUCUUGAUAGGGAGACACAAGCUGAGUAUGUGACUGACAUUAUAGCCGAGGACGGAGGCUCUCCGCAGCUUCUAGGCACUGCAACUCUGAGGAUUAUCAUCACGGACGUCAACGACAACUGCCCCAAGUUUGCAGAGUCGCUAGUGAACGUUACUCUUUAUGGAAACGCUACUAAGGGCAUGCAACUGGCUCAUCUACAAGCCUACGAUCCAGACGAGGGAGCCAACGCUUUGAUCAAGUAUGCCUUCAGCGAACGGGUCACCCAGGAAAGCAGAAUCCUGUUUCAUUUGGAUACAAACACUGGAGUUCUUAAACUAGCAGGAAAGAUUGACAACAACACCGGAAAACUCUACAAACUAAUCGUGCUGGCCAAUGGGCCGACUUGUAUUCCAGAAGUUGCAACGGUUACCGUUCACGUCAUCAAACAGCUCUCCGGGCCUCCGGCGGUUAUCCCACGUUACAUUGCUUCUGAGAAAGACGGUGUUGUGAGUUUAAGUGAAUCAGAACCACCGUUUUCACCCAUUGCUUUUUUUACCAUCAAAAACACAGAGCCACAACAAAAGAUAGAGUGUCUUCUUGAAGGUGCAGGUCCAUUUAGGCUUGUACCGUAUGAGCAGUUUAAAAACGAGUACCUGCUUGAGACCACCGAGCUAUUGGAUUAUGAGCAGCAACAGGAUUAUGAAAUGGUUGUUGUGGUUCGUAACGCUCAUGGAUUAGUAGUGAACACCGUAGUGAAAGUCCACGUGUUGGAUGUUAACGACAACGCUCCGGUUUUCAAGCAAUCUUUCAUUGACAUCACAGUGGAGGAGAACAACCCACCAAAUACGUUCCUCGCUCAGCUUCAGGCCAUCGAUGCAGACAGUGAAUGCAGAGGUGAGGUGUAUUACCUACUCGGUGCCGACGCUCCCACCGUUUUUGACUUGGAUAGGUCAACCGGGGUACUGACAGUGUCCACUUCUCUUGACCGAGAGGAAAAGGAGACGUAUCGUUUCAUGGUGCGAGCCGUAGACCGUGGCACGCCGAGAAAGGAGUCAAUCGCCACUGUGAUUAUCACCGUCCAGGAUCGGAAUGACAACAGUCCAAGGUUCAUCAACAAGGACUUCACCUUCUUUGUGCCGGAGAACUUUCCAGGUUUUGGGGAAAUUGGCGUUCUUACUGUCACAGAUGCGGAUGCUGGGGAGAACGGCUGGGUGGCGUUGUCCAUCCUUAAUGGGAGCGACAUCUUCGUAAUUGACACCGGACGAGGAGCGUUGCGAGCCAAGACCCCUCUGGACCGGGAGCAACAGGGAACGUAUUAUGUUUGGAUCGAGGCAAUUGAUGGAGGCGAACCUGCUCUUUCUUGCAUCACAAUGGUGACUGUUCUUCUCCUGGAUGUCAACGAUAACCCUCCAACUGUUCUUUUCCCCCAGUCCAACCAGUCGUUCAUGUUGGUACUUCCCAACACGCUUCCGGGAACGUCUAUAACGGAGGUUUACGCGGUGGACCGGGACACUGGAAUGAAUGCUGUUAUUGCGUACAGCAUCAUCAAGAGAACGGAUGGAGAGCCAGGCUCGUUUGACAUCGACCCCUACACGGGAAACAUCACCUUGAGGAAAGCCUUGAGCAAUCGAGGCCUCUACAGUUUGUGGGUCAAAGUCAGAGACCACGGUCAACCAGAACUCUACUCUACCAUACUGGUCAACCUGUUUGUGAAUGAAACAGUCAGCAAUGAGACCCUCAUUCAGAGUUUGUUGCCCAGAAGUGUAGAUAUUGACCAUGGUGAGCUUCCUCCAGAUAAGGAAGGGAGGAAGGGAGAACAAGUGCCAAACAUGUGUGGCGAGUACCAAGUGUUACUGCUUGCACUGACAGCUACCUGCCUGGGAUUGUUUCUGACCGUUGUGUCGUUGGUGACAUACAUUUGCUGCAAGAAAAGAAAACCGAAAAAGAAGAGGUUAGACAUUGAGAUUCCUUUAAAACUCAACCAUGAAAUGGUGGACAAGAACCCAAUGGAGAUUUCAAACAUCUGACACUGCAACUGCUUGUACUGCCCAAAUUAAUCUGUUUACAGUGUGUUUUGUGCAUCUUAAUAUCUCUUAAGUAUAUGAUUUGAAAAUACGAUGUAUAUAUUGUGCAUACAGUAUGUUUUAUAACUAUGAUGAAAUAUACAAAUAUAUAUAUAUAUAUAUUGACAAGAUCGAUGUGAAAGAUUUUGCUAUUUGCAUUUGCUGCCCAACAUGCUUUUAAUGUAAUUUAUCUUACAAUGGUGCCCUCGGCAGUGUGUUGUGUCAAAUUGUCAAACCUCUUUUAUAUGCCUGUCUCUGAAGUCCAAUGCACUUCUCAACAGGAACAUCGUUCUCCCCAUGGCAAGCUGUUCGCUUUCAGAUGUAAUGCUCCUUAUGUUUGUCACCACCCUUCUGAAAAUGAAGUCCAAAGGAGAUGAGAAAUCAAUGCCGCAUUGAUUCCUCAACUGUUUCUCAGUUAUUAACAGGUGUUGUUGGACAUUUUGUGUUUUCUGUAGGAUACUAGGUUGGUGUGCAACGUCCUAAUGAGUUUCUUUAACCCUAGAAUGGCUUGGUUCCUCCAAAUGGUUUGUUCAGAUCUGUUUGUGAUGGCUUUUGUGCACUCUUUCACAGCUUUCUUCAAAGCAGCUAAGUCUACAUUUCUCUGAUCUAAUUUCUGUGUAAGCAAAGAAU